UCCGGUAUGGUCGUGCUUCAUAGAUCUUCUUUAUAAAAGUAAACAGACUAGGAUCGUCAAGGUCUGCGCCUGCAGUCAAACGAAUCUAAACCUUGUUGGUUAUAUGAAAACCAGGAAGCUUAUGAAAUACAUACAUGUACAUGUAGGCAGAAAUGGACAGUCUGCAGGAACAAUUCUCCGAGUUUGGAACAAAAUUACGACAGACAGAUUUUGUUCUAGAGGAGGGAUACACCUUUAUUAACCACGGAUAUGUAGGCGCUGUUCCAAAGACAGUGAUUGCAGCAGAACAAAGAUUCAAAGAUGAGACAAGGAGACAGCCUGCAAAUUACUUUCUUAGGAAGCAGCUAUCAACAUGGAUAAAGGGUCGGGACUCCGUGGCGGAUUUUCUAAACGCUGAUCCAAAAGACGUUGUCCUUGUUCCGAAUGUCACAACAGGCAUCAGUUCCAUUUUGAUGUCUAUUCCUUUCAAGACAGCGGACACCAUCCUUCUCACCAACCAGGCAUAUCCAUGCAUAAACAACGCAUGCUCCCAGACCUUACAUCAUAAUAAAGGUGUAAAAACCAAAGUGGUCAACAUUGACGUACCUAUCCAGGAUAAUGCUCAAGUCGUCAACCUUUACCAGGAGGCGCUGGACAAUGAUCCGAGCGUCCGAGUUGUUGUCAUGGAAUACAUUCCCUGCCCUUGUACAGUGCAGCUUCCGGUUGAAGAAAUCAUACAGCUUUGUCAGAAGCGCAACGUUAUAACCGUCAUCGAUGGUGCGCAUGCUCCUGGGCAUAUUCAGCUCAAUCUAGACAAAAUGGAAGCUGAUUUCUUCACAGCAAAUUUCUAUAAAUGGAUGUUUGUGCCAUGGGGAUGUGGCUUCGUGUGGAAAAAUAAGAAGGUUACUUUCCCACUGCGAUGCCUCACUAGUUCGUCUCCGAAUGACGACAUGGUGUCGCAAUUUUGUUUACAAGGCUUCAAGGAGGACAGUUCCAUCAGCACCCUACCUACUGCCGUGGAGUACAUACAGAUUAAAGGGGGACUGGAACGAAUAUCGGCAUACAACACCAGACUUCUACAGAUGGCGUCAGACCAUCUGAUAUCGUUGUGGAAUACGAGUAAGUUACCGAUCCCAUCCUCCAUGGAGCCGCCAUUCCUGAGGAUGAUCCGUCUCCCAGAAGUCCCCGGCUUCGGUACCUCACAGGAAGAUGCUAACUCCCUGAUGGAUCUCAUGUACGACAAUUACCACAUAGAUGUUAGUCUGAAGUCCGUGAACAAUCAGCUGUACGUCCGUUUGUCUGUCCAGAUAUACAACUGUUUAGAUGAUUAUAAGAAGUUCGGGGAGGCAGUUAUGUCGUUGGCGGAAAAAGGGAAAAUCCGAAACUCGGAAUGCUGACAUUAUUGCAUAGCCUGAUUUU